CGAUAUCAAUACUACGUCACGUCACUAUUUCGAGUCACUGACCACAGGACGCCGCGGUCUGCAAGCGCAAAAAAAGUCCGGCCUCACCGUAGCACAUAACCAUACGUGCUCUUGUAGAGCCCAGUCCAGCCAUCAUGGCGACUGCACAAUCAGAGAAGAAGAAGAAGCCAAGUGCUAUGCGCUCCAUCCUGGCAGGCGCAACAGCCGGCGCCGUUGAAAUUUCAAUCACAUAUCCUGCAGAGUUCGCAAAGACACGAUCGCAGCUCAACCGACGAUUACCAGAUGGGAAGAAGUUACCAUGGCCGCCAUUCGGAAAGCAAUGGUACGCAGGAUGCACGACACUGAUUAUUGGCAAUUCGCUCAAGGCCGGUAUACGCUUUGUCGCAUUCGACAUGUACAAGAACCUCCUCGCCGACGCCGAAGGCAAAGUCUCUGGUCCCGCAACCGUCAUUGCGGGUUUCGGCGCUGGAGCUACAGAAUCGCUAUUGGCAGUCACGCCUUUUGAAAGUAUAAAGACACAACUUAUCGACGACCGCAAAUCCGCAAACCCACGCAUGCGCGGCUUCCUGCACGGCUCCAAGGUCAUCGCCCAAGAAAAAGGCAUACGAGGUUUCUUCCAGGGUUUCGUGCCCACAACCGCGCGUCAAGCUGCCAACUCAGCCGUGCGCUUCUCGAGUUACACGUCGUUCAAGCAAUUGGCCCAAUCAUAUGUCGCCCCAGGCGAGAAACUCGGUGCGAUUAGCACGUUUGGGCUUGGAGGACUGGCGGGCAUCGUUACGGUUUACACGACUAUGCCGAUUGACACGGUCAAGACGAGGAUGCAGUCGAUAGAGGCGAGGAGCUCGUAUAAGAAUAGUUUUGAUUGUGCGGCCAAGAUAUUUAGGGAUGAGGGUCUGCUCACGUUUUGGUCGGGGGCUCUGCCUAGGCUGGGGAGAUUGAUUCUUAGUGGCGGUAUUGUCUUUACCAUGUAUGAGAAGUCCAUGGACUUGAUGGAUAGGCUGGAUCCCCAGGGCAGGUACAUAUAGUCAAUCAAGUGGAAGAAUGGCAAUGGUGCCAGUAAAGUGCGGCGCCUCUUAAAUAUAGUCUUCACCAAUGGUCAUGGAUUCAAAGGAGGCGCUUUUGUGCUCUAAAACUUGAUUUGAGCUUCUUGACUC